AUGAUACCUUGCAUUUCGACGUUGAGCCUUCUGAUUUUGGUGCUCCUGAAAUCGAACACUUCACGCUGCAGCUUCACGCAGAUAGUCAAGCCAGGCGAGAAACUGGAGUGGUGGCAAACGACUGUAAUUUACCAGAUUUUGCCAUUUUCCUUCAAAGACUCUAACGGCGACGGGAUUGGAGAUUUUAAUGGAAUAACGAACAGUAUGGACUACUUCACUGAUACAGGGAUAGGAACACUAUGGCUGGCUCCGUUCUAUAAGUCACCUAUGCUGGACGCAGGUUACGAUAUAGUGGAUCACGAGCAGGUCAACCCUCUAUUCGGCAAAAUGGCAGAUUUUGAUAAAAUGGUGAAGAAAAUUAAGGCUAAAGAGGCUUUAAUAAAAGUGCCCUGUCCCACAGGUCUUAACCUAAUUGUUGACUUCGUUCCGAAUCAUACAAGUGACCAGCAUGAAUGGUUCAAGAAAUCAGUGAGGAAGGAAAGCCCUUACGACGACUACUACAUUUGGCGGGACGCUUCCAGCUGGAAUGGCUCAGAACCUGUGCCUCCGAAUAACUGGGUAAUAAGACAUCUUAUAAAGAAAAAAAGAGAGGAAUAUGAAACAUGUAAAGCGACUUAUCUAGGAGAAGUGAAACUCCCAGCAAUUACAAUAAUUGAUCAGCCAUCGGCUAACGACAGAACAUAUCACAUUCAUACGACUGAUAAUCAGAGGGGUGUGCAUUUCGUGAAUCAAUAUUCGAAGCCCAGCUGGACGUGGAACAAAGAGCGAAAGCAGUUUUAUUACCAUCAGUUUGCAGCUUUCAAGCCAGACUUGAAUUACUGGAAUCCGAAAGUUAGAAACAGAAUGAAGGAGGUUCUUCGAUUCUGGCUGAACCGUGGGAUUGAUGGCGUGAAGAUCGACUCGAUGGCUCACCUGGCGGAGGACCCAUACUUCCGGGACGAGCCCGUGAUCCAGCCCAGGCUACCGCCCCACGAUUAUGGGCGAUACAACCACACGCACACGCUCAAUCACGACGAGAACUUCAUCCUCGCGAGGGAGUUCCGGGCCGUUUUGGACGAAUACAAGAAGCGAGAUGGAAAAACAAGACUGAUGACCGUCGACGCGCGCGGACCGACCAAUCUUCUCAUGAAGUAUUGCGGGAAUGACUCAAACGUGGGCACACACUUCCCGAUGAAUUUCAACUUGCUAGACGUGGACCACCAAUGGAAAGCGACGGAUCUGGCUAAGGCGAUUCGUGCAACGUGGGACAAUCUACCACCCGGGUGUUGGCCGAACUGGAUAGUGAGCAGCCACGAUCAUCCGCGGUUUAACGACCGGGUGGGGUCGGAGAUGGCUGACGCGUCCAACAUGCUCACGCUCCUCCUGCCAGGGACGGCGAUCACUUACUAUGGAGAUGAAAUCGGUAUGGAGGACUACAAGGCGCUUGGCAAGGAGGACCUAGCCAUCAUCGAUAAGAAGGACUUCUUUCGCACGCCCUUCCAAUGGGACGACUCGCAUCAAGCAGGAUUUUCGACUGCAACAAAGACAUGGCUGCCCGUGAAUCCGAACUUUUGGAAUGUGAACUUAGCGCGGGCGAAAAGAGACGACAACAGUCACUAUAAGGUGUACAAGCGACUCGUUGAGACCAGACAGACACCGACUGGGCAAUACGGAGAUUUGCUCACUUACGUUCCCUCGGAAUGGGUGUUUGCAUUCACAAGCAAAGCACAGCAGCUAAUCAUCGCCAUCAACCCUAUUCUCCUGAGCAUUGGAACUGAAAGGCGAAAGGACUUUGAAGGUUUCAUGCGUUCACUGAAUGUGAUUUGA